AUGAAGAGGGGUCAAGUACCUUUAGCGCAAAUACGGAAACCAGCCGCAGCAAAUGCUAGUCAGAUACCGUACAUUCUAGGCCAAAAACCUAACCAAGGGAUCAAGAAAGGUAAGACCUACACCAACAGAGCGAGCGAGUCUUCCAGUGAAGCAAGAGUAUACACAGUAGGUUCCAUUGGAGAAGGAGCUCACAAGCCGAGUCUCUCCGCGGAAGCCGUGGGAAUUUCCUUUUUUACAAGUCUGGAAAGAAAGUUGGGACAGAGGCUUCCUUUCCUAAUUCCAAUCGUGACAUCGGGGAAAAAGGCAUCCAUUCAAACAGCUCCCAUUCCUAUGUUAACACCAAGAGAAAGCCUAAGAGAAGAACAUGCUACCAGUCCUAGCUGGCACCGAUGCCAAGGGAAAGCAUUUCAAGAAGAGACAACCAGGUAUCGAUGUCGGAGAAGGGGAUCACUCAAUGCUGCUACAGGCACUCAUGAGUUCGGAUUGGGUAGCGUGAAGGAGAUAAUAGAAGGAACCGCCGAAAGUAGUUCAGUUUUACCAGGUCUUCCUGAGUACAAAUCUCCUCAUCCAAUAGCAUUCUUAGUUAGUACCAUUCUUAUAAGCCUGUUUUUGACGAGUGAAGCGGCUAGGCUACAUGCUUAG